GCAGCGCCGGCGCCCUGGUUCUUGCUUUGACUGGCAAGGCUCCUUGUCCGUCACGCCGAAAGCCCUCCUCUCGAGGAGGGAUUUAAGGGGCUUUCUAUGGCUAUAGCCGCAAGGACAGCAGCACCCCGAAACCCCCGCGCCAGGCCAUGAGGCGCCUCUCCCCGCCGGGGCUCCCGGGGGGGAGAUGAGAUGGGGGGCAAGCGCUUGGCCUGAGGCCGGGGCGCUGAGCCGGGGGGCUUCUCCAUCGGCCCGCCGCGCCGGCGGAAAGCCAUGUAACCGGAGGAGCCGCCGAGCCGAGCCGCCAAGCCGGCUCCCCCUCUCCCCCCUGCUGCGGGAUUGAGCCUUUCAUGUGCAAUCGCGACUCCCGGCAAUUCUUGUCAAUAAAUGAGGUGAGCGCGGCGGUCCGUCCCCCCGUCCCCCCGCAGAGGACCCGGCGCGGCAGCCGGGACGUAGGGCACCGCCGCGGCGGAGAGGACGGCGGGCUUCUAGGGAGCGCGGUGGCCAAGGAUCCGCACCAAAGCCGAAGAUUGGAAGGGAUUUGCGAGGCGUUAAACGGGAUCGGGGGGCAGACCCCCCCCUCGGAGCAGGAGCGGAUUGCGCACGCUUAAAUAGCCCUGGCAGAGGAGCAUGCUUCGAGCAAGGGGUUAAAAAGGGAGCAGGAUGCUGACCAGCAUCGCCGACGGGCUGCUGUGCUGCCUGCUGGGCAAGACGGCCAACGCCGUGGGGCCGCUCGACAGCCUUGAGUGCGGCAACGGCUACAGCUUCAUGGAGGUGAAGCCGGGGCGGAUCCUGCGCGUGCGGCACAGCGCGCCGGCCCGGCCGGCCGAGGAGGCCCCCGCCGAGGCACCGCAGCGGGGCACCGUGCGCUGCAAGCGCAAGAUCACCGUCUACCGCAGCGGGCAGCUGGUGAUCGAGAACCUGGGCGACGCCGUGCGCUCCGAGAUCCUGCACUGCCACGGCGGCUCCGGCGAGCCCAACGGCACCGUGGAGCUGGAGCUGGCGGAGCCGGGCGGCCCCGCCGGCCCCCCGGGCCCCCCCGGCCCCCGGGAAGCGCCCGCCGGCCCCGGGAAGCGCCGCAGGCGCAAGCCCAAGAAAGUCGUCAACAUCGACUGCACGAAGCAGAUCACGAGCUGCAAGGGGACGCACGGCGACGUGGUGCUGUUCUUCAUCCACGGCGUGGGCGGCUCCCUCGACAUCUGGAAGGAGCAGCUGGACUUCUUCACCAAGCUGGGCUACGAGGUGGUGGCCCCCGACCUGGCCGGCCACGGCUGCAGCUCGGCCCCGCAGAUCGCUGCCGCCUACACCUUCUACGCGCUGGCCGAGGACAUGAGGGCCGUCUUCAAGCGCUUCGCCAAGAAGAGGAACAUCCUGAUCGGCCACUCGUACGGGGUUUCCUUCUGCACCUUCCUCGCCCACGAGUACCCGGACCUGGUGCACAAGGUGAUCAUGAUCAACGGCGGGGGCCCCACGGCGCUGGAGCCCAGCCUCUGCUCCAUCUUCAACAUGCCAACCUGCGUGCUCCGCUGCCUGUCGCCCUGCCUGGCCUGGAGCUUCCUCAAGGCCGGCUUCGCGCGCCAGGGUGCCAAAGAGAAGCAGCUGCUGAAGGAAGGCAACGCCUUCAACGUCUCCUCCUUCGUGCUGCGCGCCAUGAUGAGUGGGCAGUACUGGCCGGAGGGCGACGAGGUCUACCACGCCGAGCUGGCCGUGCCCGUGCUGCUGGUCCACGGCAUGCACGACAAGUUCGUCCCGGUGGAGGAGGACCAGCGCAUGGCCGAGAUCCUGCUGAUCGCCUUCCUGAAGGUGAUCGACGAGGGCAGCCACAUGGUGAUGAUGGAGUGUCCCGAGACGGUGAACACCCUGCUCCACGAGUUCGUCCUCUGGGAGCCCGAGACGCCAGCCGGGGACGCGCAGCGAGAGAAGAAAUAAGGCAGCGGGGAGCGGUGACCGGGCUGCUUUCGUGGGAGAGCCGCCGCGGAGCGCAGAGGGGUUUGCGAGCGCAGGGGCCGGCGGCGGCCGCCCCUUGCCGGCGGCGGAGCCGGUUUUCUCGCCCGGCGGCGGAGCGCGAGGGCUCCGUGGGCAGCGGCUGCAGGCCGGCAGCGGGAACGAGGCAGACUCCCAUUCCCGUCCCGCCGGGGCGGGAUGGCCGCCGUUGGAGCGUCUUCAUCCUGUUUCGUCGUAGUGUUGUUUUUCUCGCGCAGUGACCCCCGCGGGGGCCCAGGGAGGGAGCUGCGGGGAAGCUGGUUCCGCCUGGGGUGAAAGGGGACAAGACCGGACUGGGUCCCCCGGGGCGAACCCGGGGGCACCUCGGCUCCUCGCAGCACCUUCCUCCCCGGGCCGGAGGAGCCGGUCUGCGAUUGCUUUACGGGGAGGCCGACGGCUCCUCCGGCGUUCCCGGCAGUUGGCUUCGUCUCUCCGGUCGCCCCGGGAAGCUGCAUGGCCUUGCCGGAGCCGCCGCAGGCCCUGCCUCGAGGAGCUUGCAACCACCGUGCACGCGGCUUUCAGCGGCUCUCGGCGCCCUCCUGCCCGGCCCGGCCCGGGGUGCGAGGCCUCCCGGGGGCUGCGGCAGGAGGAGGAGGAGGAGGAGGAGGAGGAGGAGGAGGAGGCAGCCACCCGCCCCGGGCACGCCGGCGUGGCCAGCUUGGCUGCGCCUCCCGGCCGGGGCAGCAGCAGGAGGGAGCCCGGCCGGGGCCGCGGCACCAAACCCGAGCUCUCCCACCGCUUCCCCGUGCCGCUGUGCGCAGUCACCAACCCAGGCACCACCGCGGAGCCCCCUCCGCCCUCCAUCCCGGCGUCCAGCUGCUCCGGCACCCUGAAGCACCUCCCGGCCGGGCGCACGUGGAGCGGCCACGCGCCGGCCCGCUGCACACCCGCGCCGCGGGGGCCUCGGAGCGACGGUGCAAGCAGCCUCCCCGGCCCCCCCCAAGAGCCCAGCCACCCCCUUUUUCCUUUAUUUCCCCCGCCUAAACCAAAGAACCCCCCAGGCUGGUUCAUCCCGCGGAAACCUGCCCCGAGGCUGAGCCCACCUCCCUCCCGAAACCCCAGCGCGGAGCGGCCCUCGCCGGGGAGCCCCUUCCCCCCCGGCGUCCCCCCCUGCCACCGGCCUCGUCCCCAGGGCCGGGGGCCCCCCAUCGAGCACCAGCAGGCGGUGGCCCCCCGCCGCGGCCGUGCCCGGACCCCGGCACCCCCCGAACCGGCUCGAGGUGACUGUUACUGCCCCGCUGUGGGACACAGCUCUUACCUGUCCGUUGCCAUGGCGUCCGUGCCGCUUGUACCGACAUCGCUUGUGUUAAGGCCAAGGCAAAGCUGCCCCCGUACCCCCGCGCCGCUGAGACACGCUGUGUUAGUGCCAUUUCAUACAGUAAAGCCGUCUUAUAUUCUCA